AUGAUUCUUAAAAGUUCAAACGACCAACAGAAAGUAAAAACGGUGAAAUAUUGUCUGGAGUGCUUAGCAGCAUCAGUAAUGCUGUGGUCUGUCCUAAGAAAAGCGAAUUUAUUCAUUGAUAACUGUAUGACUAAAAGCUUAUCAACUGAGAAUUCUCAACCAUUUUUGCUUUGUAGGCUUAUUCAUUUAUUAACUAAGAACUAUGAUUGCGUCAUAAAGCUGUGGGUUUAUCCAACAACAAAUAUUUGUUAUACUGGUAGAAAAAAGAAGAUUUCUGCUCAUGAAAUGGUUUAACCAAGAAACAGUCAGUAUCAACUUAUGAACUUUCAAACGACGGGUGGCGCGGUAAGAAAGAUGGACUAAGUGUAAAGGGAAGGUUGUUUAAAAAAUCCCUUCUGGAUGAUUUAAUAGCAAUAUUUAUAUUUAUUUGGAUGUUCCAACUAACUUUGUAUUUAUCACCCAUUUUUUCGCUAGACUGUAAAUUACUGUCCUGGCAUUUGUUUAUCACAUGUUGACUUGAUCCUCAUUAUUUAUGUUUGUCCCUGUUUAGUGUCUAAUUUUAAUUCCUCUCUUUGUGGUUGUUCAGUAUACUGAUAAUGUGUUGCUUUGUGAUGUGACUUCGUUUGAGUGAAUGAAGGUUAUGCUGAUGUUGGACUGUCUGUGGGAAUUGUUGGUAUAUGAUUCUUGUGGACAGAGUUCUACUUGAUUCUAAGGUUCUUCUCUCAGGUGAAUUUUCAGUUCACUAAUUUUGUUCUUAAGUACAUUUUUUGUACUUAGAGGAUCGCCUUGUCUGGAUAGCUGUCAAACAGAACUGUUGAAGUAAUUUUGAGUUUUUGAUGUUAAUAUCAUGGGAUACGGCCACUGAUUUAUCAAAGAAUAAUCAUCUUUUUGCUGUGUUCUGAGCACUUUGUGACUGCAUAUGGCUGCAAGAACUUUUGUCAGCCAGACAGUAGAACUCAGAGGUUGGUUUCAUGUGCUCAGGUCACAACGAGUCGGUUUUUGUCGCAGCAUUAAGUAUAUCUUUCUGCUGUCUGCAUUAACUAGUAUGCACUAUUCUAAACAAUGUCGGAAGAUGAUGACCUCUUCAUUUAUAUUCUGUAAGGUGAAAGAAUUUUAAAACUUGAUGCUCAAUGGCAGUCUGAAAAUCUUUUACUGAAACGAUGCUUGUAUAGACCUUUUAUAGGCAAAACAAUCGAUAACGC